AUGGGGUCGGACUGUGAUGAAUCAGAUACAGCGGCGGAAUUCACGGCAUCAGGGCAAGAUUCCACUCCAAAUGAAUCACCACGUGCAGGAGAGUUGGAUGAACGUUCGAUUGAGGUUGAGGCCUGCACGCAGGCUCUCAACGUAGAAGUUCCUGAACAUCUCCCUUCCCCUGAAGAGCUUAUUCAAAGGGGCCAAUAUCUUGUCGACUGUCCCAGCUGGCUUGCCUUUCUGGGAGAAGAUAAACGGUUGCAAUAUUCCAAUCACUUUAUCAGUCGAAAUGACAAAAUCUGGGAACUCAUUUCAACAGAAAUACGCUAUGUGGAUUUGCUCGUGAUGAUAAGGGAUGUAUACUUGAAAGCCUUCCCACCAAGACGUGAGGACUCGCUGAAUCUGAACGAGAACCUCUUUCCUCAUUUGGAUGAAGUGCUGAAGAGUCAUACACUCCUCCUCUGCUACAUGCUGGAGGCUCAUAAUGCCAGAACGGACCAUAUUACCAACAAUCUUGGACAGUGCUUCAUCAAGACUGUAAAUAGCAUUAUGAUAGCAUGUUACCGGUUUUGA